AUGAAGCUCGAGAGAUUUCUGAUGAAACUGAGUAAUGAAACUGUAACCACUGAAUUAAAGUAUGAAACACAGGUCCAUGGAACAAUCACAGGUGUAGAUGUGAGCAUGGAUACACAUCUUAAAGCUGUGAAAAUGACUCUGAAGAACAGAGAACCUGUACAGCUGGAAACACUGAGUAUUCGAGGAAAUAACAUUCAAUAUUUUAUUCUGCCAGACAGGUUACCUCUGGAUACACUUCUCAUGGAUGUUGAACCAAAGGUGAAGUCUAAGAAAAGGAAAGCUAUUUCAGGAAGAGGCCGAGGCCAAGGAAGAGCAAGAGGAUGUGGCCGAGGCAGAGAAAGAGGGGGCCCUAGGAGAUAA